AUGGGGAUUGGGCGGGGUGCGAACACCGUGGCGUCUGCAUCGGAGCUGGCGCGAUGCAUGGUCAGGGAUGGCAUGGAGCAUCCUGCUUUGGAAGCUGUGGCCUCUUUGGGGAAUGGAGGCCGGUGCGAAUCCAACGCUGAGCGCGACCUUCACCGCUGGCUGAAAGAUUUGUAUGGUUUCGAGCUAGACACGUAUGAAAUAGCGAUGGAGUUAGCUGUGAACAACUCAAGAUGCGUCGAGCAAGUGCCCGUGCACGUGCUGCUUCCACAUGAGGUGAUGCACGCCAUUUUUACAAUGGGUGCAACGCAGGUGAUUCCCAUCACGUUUCAUGUUGACGGUGCAGAGAUGUAUUCUGAUGACGAGUAUUUUGUGUAUUCGUUUUCAUCCGCAUUUGGCGGUGGCGGGCUGGUUGACGAUGUUCUGCUUCACAAGUUCCCGUUGGUUAUUUUAGCAGAGCGAGACAUGUGCCUGCCCGGUGCAGCCAGUGGCUUGGCACCCCGACGUGGUUUCUACGGCGAGGAAUGGCCUUUGGACUCCUACCGGCGCAAAUGGGCCGGAGAACAUGAGGUGCUGCAUGUCUUGGCAACUUGCACCUGGAGUUUGGUCAAGUGCAAUGGCAUUUUGGAUGCUGGUGGUUUGAUUCUUUCUACAAGUGAAGCCCGCGAGGCUUCGGAUGCUUUGUUUCUGCACCUCCGGACGUACGAGUUUCUGGCUGAGCAUUACUGGGAGGAGCGGCUGAUGCUCUUCAAGAUCAGACCGAAGGCUCACAGCCUUCUCCACACUGCUCGGGAGAUCCUCGAGUGGCAACUCAAUGUUUCCGUGUUUCAUACCUGGAGUGACGAAAGUUUCCUUGGCAAACUCAAGAAGAUUGCGACGCAGUGUCAUGGUAAAACCAUGACAAAAAGGGUCUUUGAACGAUACCGCCUUUACAUGGCGUUUCCGACGACAGAGAUCUCGAGCUCCAGCGGGGAGCCGGGUGGGCAUCCGCAGGCAUCUCCAAAAAGGGCCCGUGAAGACAACCUGGCGGGGGACGAUGACCUCACCGCUGCGGGGGAUCAGCCUCUCACUUUGGCUCUGCUCCAACAAGCCCUUCAAGUCUCGCAGCAGCACAUCACGAACACGAUCCACGCCUCUCUGGAGGGGAGUCUGUCCACCCUAAGCACGAGAGUGGCGCAAGUUGAGGCCAACAUGGAGGAGCAUGUCAAGAGAACGACGAACCUGCUUGAUGCCAUGACGGACAGACACUGCCACAUCGAAGGGACCGUGAAGCAAUCAGCAGCUGUAGUGGACGAUGUUCGACGCCGUCUUGAGCUCCUCGAGGGAAAGUUCGCGACAGACGCCGAGACCACCCUCAAGCUCGUCAGGGAACACAUCGCACGGCUGCAGGCCCGCGUCGUGACGGGGGACAGACCUGAAGGUGGACACCGCUACUUCUGGGCGGCCAUGAGCGAGAGCCCAGAAAGGCGAAAGCGAGCCCAGUUUUCCGGGAAGGUGAAGCGACUUAUUUUGGAAAGUGAGGGGGAUCGACGCCUCAUACAAGUUGAGUUCGGCACCGGGAAUGUCUGGUAUGAUGGCACUAAGAUCUCCUCGGCAGUGACAUCGGCCCCACCGGGAGGCGAGAAAAUUGGAGCUGGAUGGAUCCACCUCCCGUCCUUGGCGCGACAACUGGGGACGUCCUUGACUGAGCUCACCGAACGAUGGGAUGUCCAGGACACCGACCUCUAUGGCAUGCACGUGGUCACAUGGAAUGUUGGGGGACUCACAAUUGACAAGCUCCUCAAGCUCCUGUGUGAUCUUCGCAAAGAACGAAUUCGGCCUUUCGAUUCAGCCUUUGUUCUAUGUCUCCAAGAGAUCAUUAUGGACAAAGGCAAAGCUGUUCAAGAGCAGGAUGAUCUUCAAUGUGUAUGUGGACGGCAAGAUGAGGACUGGCGGGGGACUGGGAUCGUGCAUACCUCCCAGUUCAAGCAUAGCCGCAACAAAUUGCUCCGAAGCGGGUUCAGCACAUGCCUUUCCGUGGGAGAACUUCGUUUCACUGUGGUUUCAGGACACCUGCCCCAUCAUGCCACCAUGCCUGAGGCAGACGAGAUCGCUACCACAUGGCUGCAGCAGCUGCGAUCGACACCGAAGGCAAUCCUUGGGAUGGAUGCAAACGAGACCUUCAGCGAGGGGAUAUCGGGGAAGGUAACGACACACUCGGGGCGAGGGGAACAGCUAUUUUCCUCGCUCAGUGCAGCAGACUUCCGCCUGCCGCCCCAGAAGUUGGAAAAAGCCUCUUUCUUUCCUUACAACACAAAUAUGCGCCCGCGCCGACUCGACUAUGUCAUGGUCAAGCACCUGCUUUGCCGUGAAGGCGAGGUUCUUUCUUUGAGAGAUGUCGCCAGUUCAGACCAUGAACCUAUCUGGACCCCUUUGCUGCAGCCGUCACCACCACCUACAAAAUCCGAGCCGAAGCCAUGGGGGAGCCGCCGUCUACGAGAUUGGCGUUGGGUUGAACAAGUCAUCGCUAGGCCCCCACCUGUCUCAGGGGACAUGGUCCAGGAGAUCACCAACAUCGCGGUGCAGAUCACUCGACCAGGGCGAGCCUUGGCUAAUUUCGCGGAGAGCAAACCACUUCGCCAGCAACGUCGACGUGCUCUUCGGCUUCCUGCCGGGGGGGAACGCAAGGCAGCUUGGAAGGCAGUCCAGAAAGCGCACCGGGAGGAACACCGGGCAUGGAAAGUGCAACAACUGGACCUCGCGGGCAAAGGCUGGUGGAAAGCCAAAGAAGCAGUGGACCGUGACACCCACGACAGCUCGUGGGAACUUCGAUUGCGGGCCGAUGAAAGAUGGCGACAGACGUUGCAAGACCAUUUUGGGGGGAUUUUCAACAAGUCUGAUGCUGAGCUGGUCGCAGCCAAGCUCAGGGAGAUCAGUGACCGUUUGUCCCGCCUAUGCAAGCAAACAGCCUGGGAGCCAUUCACGGCCAAAGAACUACACGAAGUUCGAAAACGAUGGUCUGGGGGGAAAGCUUGCGGCCCCGACAGCGUCUCUCAUGAGGCACUUCGAGUACUCGAACAUGAUGAUAGAUGGCGGGGGACUUUGCUUUACGUCUUGAAUGAUUUCUUGUACACUGCCGCUGUCCCAAAGAACGUCGAGAGAGGCAUCACGGUACUCCUCGCGAAGACGGGGAACCCGGAGGAGUGGAGCGAAACACGGCCGAUAACUCUCAGUUCGGCUCUGCUCAAGACCUUCUCCCAGCUCUUGAUAGGCGUGGAACUGAUUCUCAUACUUCGCCGAGUGUGCAGAGAAUCCCUCGCCGAACAGAUAGAGGCCGAUGUGGGAGUCGCGGGGGACAGACCGUGGGAAGCACGAGCAUGGACAAACCUCAUCCACGCCAACGAGAUCAACAUCUACUUCCGUGGGGAGGAGUUCAGAAUCCCACAGACGAACGGGGUUAGGCAGGGAGCUCCGGACAGCCCUAUCGCUUUUGGCAGAGUGCUGGCGGUGGAACUUGAGAAGGCGGUCCAGCAAGCCCGGGGCCAGAAGCCGACAACGGGGGACCCGCCCCCAGAAGAUGCUGGUGCUUUCAUGGACGACAGCUAUAUUUGGUCCACCAAGAAGGAGCACCUCCAGGCCAUGCUCACCCACUUAGGGGCCAACCUGCCACCGAAAGGGCUCGACAUCCACCCGCUCAAGACAGAGAUCAUUUGA